AUGGCGCAAGGUGGUGGCGCUGCCGCCACUGCGCACGGAGUUGCGGUCGAGGCCGCGAACACCGCGGCAGAUGCCGUCCAAGAAGUGGCCGCCGUCGGCGGUGCGGGAGAUGCUGCACCCGCAGUCGCUGGAUCGGUCGCUGCGGCGGCGGAUCUGGUGGAGCAGGGGGUGGUGGGCUCGGACUCCGUCGUGCCGGACCUGGUGGUGAUGGCGUCUGGCGGCGCACUGGAUGCAGGUGCGGAGGCGAGCGACAAGCAGGUGGUGGAUGUGAAUGAGGAAGCUGCUGGCAACAAGAGGAAGCUGGACAUCGCUGGGUUCGACGACCCGUCUGAUUCUGACGACGACGAGGAGUACAACUCUGGAGAUGAGGUGGAAGAGUGGAACCACAAGUCCUUCAUUGAGCAUGAAGCCAACAAGAUCAGGGAGAAGGGGAAGGCGGCGUACUACAAGUGGGGCAAGUUCAGGUGCCCAUACUGCACCACUAAGCCAAUUCCCAAGGAUGGGCUGUAUGAGCACCUUAUGUCCCAUGCACGCGGUGUAGCGACGAGUGGGAACGACGUGAAGAUCAGGGCAGAGCAUGCAGCCCUCCUAAAGGCUAUGGGUCCCAUCUAGUCACCCUCUGUGAAGCUGGUAGUGGUACUCAUCAUCAAUAUAGUUGAUGAUGUUUAACUUUUGCGCUAGUAUGGUUGUGAACUGUGAAUCUGGAAGGUGGAAGUGUUUGUGAACUGUUAAGUAGUAUGGCAGACUCU